AUGAAGAAACAAAUUUCAAAGAAAAAAUUAAAACAAACUUCACAACAAAAUUGUUCAAUUAUUCGAAAACGUUUAAAUAUUGAAGUGCUUGACGAAACAAUGUUUUUUGAAGAGGCUGAUAUUCCAAAUUGUAAACAUGGCCCUUGUUUAUUAUUUUCUAAUUCUUUGGAUGAAAAAUGGUUUUCCUGUGCUAUUUAUCGUUCGUCUAAAUUGUGUGGAUUUAAAGUGAAUUUAUCUAAAGAUGGAACUCUGCUACAAAAUAAGAAAAUAAAUAGACCGAAGAUUCAAACUUUGCCAAUUGAAGAAUAUGGAAGUGUGAGACAAAGAUUUGAUGAAUUAACUAAAAUUGGCACAAAUCCAUUUUGGUGUAAACAAUGUUUUAAUUUUGUUUCGAAUGAACAUGAACACAAAUUAGACGAAAAUUGUUUUGAUAGUUGGCCUUCUCCAUUUCAAAUAAUUGAUGCUAUAAAGGACAAUUCUGGAGAAGCAGUUUGGUUUUUUUAA